AUGACCUUUGUCGCAACCCUUCUGAUGGUAAGCCUGAAUGUCCUCAGCGUGAGUCGCGUUGGAGGAGAGGCUAUCAGCAAGCGAGGCGCUGCCUACAAUGAUAUAUCAAAUGUGUCACCACUGUCCGAAGCUGGCACGGUUUCUUGGGCUUACAAUUGGGCCGUGACAGAGCCGAAAGAACUUCCCCCUGGAGUUGAGUUCGUCCCCAUGCUUUGGGGCACCGCUAACUUUGAUGGAUGGCAAGCAUCUUUAGAGAGUACCCUCUCCAGCGGCAGUAAUUACAUACUGGGAUUCAAUGAGCCUGACAUGUCAUCCCAAGCGAGUCUAAGCCCGUCCGUGGCUGCCAAAUACUAUAGAGAGUACAUCACACCCUUUCAGAGUAAAGCCAAGCUCGUUAGCCCUGCAGUGACUUCCUCAACUUCUCCUGAUAUGGGCCUUGGAUGGCUAGGCGAGUUUAUGGGAGCCUGCUCCUCCUGUAGCAUUUCUGGCGUAGCCGUUCAUUGGUACGGUGAUUCAGCGGACAGUUUCAAAGGUUUCAUAUAUGAAGUUAUCACAUUCGCUCGGUCGUAUGGGUUAUCCGAAGUCUGGAUUACCGAAUUUGGACUUGAAGCUGACAUCAACGGUGUGACAGACGAUAAAGCUACUGAGACCUUUAUCCACGUCGUCACGCCCUGGCUUGACUCACAGUCUCUUGUGGCUCGAUACUCUUACUUUAUGUGCGCUGAGGGAUACCUUCUCUCUGGUGGGGCUCUCAAUGCGGCUGGUAAAGCGUACAUUUCUUCGCCUGGUUCUUCUGAUUCAAUUAGUUUCACUAGCUCUUCGGUCUCCUGUAAUGGGGCUGCGUAA